CGUCAGGUCGCGUAAAGCACUACAACCAACAUUUCCUAUUUAUCUCUACUCAAUCUCUUUGUGACCUAUAAACACUUGCAUAUCUAAUUCCUGCUACCCCUUUUUCUCACUGGAUUUCAUUUCAUUUACUUUUUUUUCUUUUUUGCGCUCAUCCAUCGUUGACUACUGCGCCAUGUCGGAUCGCAACUCACCAGAAAUCCCACGCGAACCCCCUCUCGAGACAGAUCUUUACGACAUCCUUGGUGUCAGCCAAGAUGCGAAACCCGAGACGAUCAAAUCCACAUACAAAAAGCUAGCGCUGAAACACCAUCCUGACAAGGCUCCAGCCGACUCCAAAGAUGAAGCAAACCAUAAAUUCCAGCAAAUAGCCUUUGCCUACGCCAUCCUCUCCGACGAACGCCGUCGUAAGCGAUUCGACCUGACCGGUAGCACGGCCGAAGCAGUCAACGAAGAUGAAGACUUUAACUGGAUGGACUUUUACCGCGAGCAGUUCUCUGCCUCGGUUGAUGUGAACGCGCUAGAGCAGUUGAAGAAGGAAUAUCAGAGCUCGGAGGAGGAAGAGCACGAUCUUCUCUCAGCGUUCGAGAAGAGUAAGGGUGAUAUGGACAAGGUCUACGAAUCGGUGAUGCUAUGCAAUGUCCUCGAUGACGACGAGCGGUUCCGGGCUAUCAUCGACAAAGCCAUUGCCGAUGGCGAGGUGAAGAAUUACAAGGAAUACUCGGACGAACCGGAGAGCAAGCGACAGCAGAGGAUAGAAGCGGCGCAAAGGGAGGCUGAGGAAGCGGAGGAAGCGGCCAGAGAGAUCGAGGAGAAGAAACAGACUAAGGGUAAGAGGGGAGGUGCGAAGAAGAAGAAGGCAAAGGAUAAUGCUUUGGAUGAUAAUGCGCUGGUGGCUAUGAUCAAGCAGCGACAAGCGAAUCGCGCUGAGUCGUUCUUCGAUAAGUUGGAGGAGAAAUAUGCGCCUAAAGGUCAGAAGAAACGGGCUGCGCAGAUGGAUGAGCCUCCCGAGGAAGCUUUUGCUGCUACGGGGGCGCGCAAGUCGUCCGGCGGCAGUAAGAAGAAGAAGUCUAGGGCGUGAUGGAUCUCGGCUGUUUGGGAUCUUCCCUUUCGCGUUUCCUAGCAGUUUUUAUUACUUGUGAAUCCUAUUAAGCCAGGAGUUUUGGGUGACUGGACCGGCAAGGACAGGAAUUAUGGUAAAUAUUGGUCAUUUUCACAGGACUGGGUUCGUUCUAGGCAUUUGGUACAUUUAUUCAUUUUCAUGUGAAGAUAGACAAUGCAUACAAUCAUGUUCUAUGCAGUAUACCACUCCUAUCAAUCCAU